AUGCAUAUGAAGAAAUGGGACCUUGAAAGCUUCAUAGAUGGAUCAGAUAUACCAUUUGAAUAUGAAAUUUUAAAACAACCGAACAAUUUCGAUAAUUGGUUGAGCUAUUAUCGAUUCAAAGAAUCACAACCAAACACAUCAUUAGAAGCAAAAGUGUUUUUAUUGGAAAGAGCUGUGAGGCAGUUCCCACGAUCGUAUAAAUUUUGGAGUACUUAUCUUGAAUUAGUUACUGAAAGCAGCGUCAAUCCGGUGGAAGUGCUGGAGUUGUUUGAAAGGUCGCUUCAAUUAUUAUACACGGCUCCAAUACUCUGGCUCAAGUAUCUUCAAUUCCUCUUGAAGCAGGAAGAUGUGACACAUACCAGAAGAACAUUCAAUAGGGCACUUAUUAGCCUCCCUGUUACUCAGCAUGGGAUAAUCUGGCCGUUGUAUAUACGUUUCGCCGACAGAAUAGGUGGAAAGACAGGCUAUUUAACAUACACGAAGUAUCUUAGCUAUGCUACGGAAGAUGCUCUCAGAGGAAUUGCGUAUCGCAAAGAUGAGCUAGAAUUGAAUAUUUAUAGCAUAAUGAAGAAAAUUUUUGAGUUUGGACAUUGGAGGGAAAGUAGCAAGUUAUUUGAACAUGUAUGGAAUAACUUUGAGAAUUAUCAUGGAAUAUCCGUCUCUAAGUGGAGCUUUUUACUAGAAUACUUGGACUCCUUUGUCGAAAUGGAUCCAAAGAAUGAGUCUAAUAUGUAUUUCGAAAGCUUGGCCUCUAGAGGUAUAAACUUAUUUCCCGAUCAAAUGGGUAAGAUAUAUAUAAAAUGUGCAAACUAUUUUAUCAAAAGAGAAAAUUUUGAAAAGGCUGAUCACUACUUCAAUGAAGGGAUACAGAAAUCUUUUACAAUUCAAGACUUUGCUUUGAUUUUCGAUGCCUUUGCCGACUUUGAAGAAGAAAGGAUCAGUAAUCUAAGUCUAGAGUUAGAGGACCAACCCUCCAAUAUUUCACUCAAUGAUGAGCUUGAAUGCAGAAUGAACUUUUUGGAGCAUUUGAUAGAUCAAAGAGCAGUUUUAUUGAAUGAUGCAAUGUUGAGGAAGGAUAGCAACAAUCUUGACGUUUGGUUUGAACGAGUUGAACUUUUUAAAUCUAGAAAUGCGCUAAAUAAGGCAUUAAGUACGUAUGCUCAAGGUUUGAGCUCCAUAAAUCCAUUAAAGUCACACUCGCUGCUGCAAGAUCCAAACCAUCUGUUGCCUGAAUUUUGGAUAUCUUAUGCUAAAGAAUAUUCUGAGAGAAAUGAUUUCAACACUGCAAGUUUAGUGUUCUCAAAAUCAGUUAAAUCUCAAUAUCAGACACCGGAGGAGCUAGUCCAAAUAUAUAUUGAAUGGAGUAAGCUCUAUCUUGUGGGUGGGGAUGAAGAUAAGGCAAUUGAGAUCAUAGAAACUGCUUUAGCGCUGCCCCCUAACUCAAAAGAAACCUCUUAUAAUGAUGCAUCGGUAGAUGUUCACUUGCGGAUUCAUAAAUCAAUAAAUCUUUGGGCUUUUUACCUAGAUUUAUUGGAGUCGUUGGUGGACAACUCGGAAGAAGUCAAAAAAAUUGAACGUGUUAUUGAGUCGUACGAAACGGUUAUGAAUUUGAAAAUUGCUACUCCAAUGACAGUUCUUCAAUACGGUGAUUUUCUAGAACGUUUCGGGUUUUUUGAAAGAGCUUUUGGGGUGUACGAAAAGGGUAUAAAAGCAUUUAAGGAUACUAAAAUUCAAUAUGAGAUUUGGAGCAUUUAUUUGGCUAAAGUAAUAGAAAGAAAUUUGGAUAUAGAAAGAAUAAGGGAUAUCUUUGACGAUUGUUUGAAUGUGUUUCAUCCUGGUGCUCACAGUGGAUGUCCACCAAAGUACUGUAGGCCAAUAUUUGAGAUGUAUUCGAAGAUUGAGCGUGAACAUGGAUCGCUAGAUCGCUCAAUAUUGGUCCUAAAAAAAUGUAUUGAAAGACUAACUGUGGGAUUAUCAUCUCCAAACUUAUCUAAAGCAGACAGAGAGAAACUAUUGAAUGAUAAAAUCGACAUUUAUUUUCUUCUAGUAGCAAGAGUUGAGACAUUAAAUGAUAAAGCGGAGGUUCGGAAAAUUUAUGAGGAUGCACUUAGCGAUAAGCAGUUGAAAUUAUCUGGUGUGAUCUCACUAGGUAGGAGUUUUAUCGCAUUAGAAUCUAAAUUGAAAGAAUUUGCAAGAGUUCGUCAAUUAUUUAAAUUCCUUUCCAGUUUAGGAUCCCCUGGUUCAGUAGUAAUGCUGACAGUAUGGGAUGACUGGGAAAAUUUUGAGUUGAACCAUGGCAACGAAUCUACAUUCAAAGAAAUGUUAAGGUAUAAGAGGACGAUCCAAAGUAAAUUUAUGGACGAAGAAACAGUAAAGAACUCUAUCAACCCGAUGGGAUUCGUAAAAGGUACUGAUAAUAACCACACUACUGAAACACAAGAGGGACAAGACGCAAGUGAAACUAACAAUCCAGACGAGAUUAGUCUUGAGAUGUGA